UUUGAACCAAAUGACAAAAGCAAUCCUUCUUAAUACAUACAAUAAUUAGAAUGUUUCUAACCGUAAAACAUAAAAACAUAUAUAGCAGAAGAAGAAAGGCUACUAUUUAAAAACCGUUAAAAUCCCUCAAGCGAAACAAUUUUAAACCUUUCAAAAAAACCAAAUUACAAAAAAAAUCGUUUGAUGCAAACGCAAAUGUGUGCAAAAAAAUACAACAACAAAGUAAAUAGCAAAUUGUAAACGCGGCGAACAGCAGCAACAACAAACAAACCGAUAACCGUGUCUAAAAGUAGAAGAGAACAUAUUGUUUAGGCUGAAAGCACGUAUCAAUUAUUUUAAAACCAAAAACUGUACAAAUUUUGAACUACAUUAAACGGUUCGUUUAAGUUAUUGAAAUGUUUAGUGAAACAAAAGAACACUAGAAAAUCAUUAGUUUUGAAAUAAGUUAAAGCAUGUGUUAAAAAAUCAAACUCACAUUACAAACUGUCAUCGAAUCGAGUGAAGAGUGUCACAUUCUAAAAACACUAAACACCGUUAUUAAUUGCCUGCGGCCACAUUUUAUGUUACAACAACAGUAGCACUCCUAAUACACCAACAAGAUGAACGCUCGCUCGCAGGUCUUUGACCUCACCAUCGAGGGCCGUCAAGUGGACGAAGCUGUUGCCAGCAUCUUUCACACGGUGCUUUUCCAUCGCUGCCAAGGCAAAUAUAUGUACACGGGCGAUGCGCAAUAUUCCAUCGGCACUAUUGGCUACACCGAUGUGGACUGUGAUUUCAUUGACUUCACAUACGUUUGCUGCACUUCCGAAGGUCUGCUACGCACCGUCAAACGUGCCGUCAACCUCUUCAGCGAGAAAUUGCGUUCGAAUGAGAGUUGCGGUUCCGGUCAGAUAAGCUUGGAAUUCUUUCAGAAACGCAAAUCACGCUGGCUCUUCCAGCAAGAGUGCAUACCAUGGGAGGUGUGGACAGUACAUUUAGAUCUCAUAAAGUAUGAAAAUGAGGACGAUCGCCAAAUGAGUCGAGAAAACGUCUCUGAUCUCUUAACUGAGAAAGUCAUCUACAUCACUGAGCUAAUGAAUCGUUCGGAUUAUGUGCCGAAGACACCGAGCCAAAGUGAAUUGGACUUGAUCUUCGACACUUCAUAUCCCGAUGUACAGCCGUACCUUUUUAAGUUUGAUUACUCCACAGCUGGCUCACACACGCCGUCGGUGACAAAUACCGUUAAAAAGAUUAUUAAGGAGACGUUUACGUUGUGACGUGUAAUGCUUGCGAGUGAGCGUAGCCACCGCCAACAGCAGCAACAGCAACAAUCACAGCAACAGCAGCAGCAGCAGCAACAUGAAGCGAAACCACAACAGCAAGUAAGCGCCGAAUUACAGCCUGUAUAUGCUAAGGACACGAUUGUUGUGGCCGGUGGAAAGUACUUUAAUAAGGGUACAAGUAUUAUGAUUUCUCAAGUAAGCCGUGUGCACCGUAGCAGCGCGUUGAGUGACGACAACGUGGAGUUACAGGCGCUCCAAACCACCUGUAUGGGUGAACAGAGCAGCGAGCGCAAAUCAAUAUUGGCUGUUGUGGGUGGCAUAAUUUUGCUGUUCUUAUGCCAGCAUAAUCGCCUCGGCUCAUUUUAGUUGCACUCAACACUCGACAACUACAUAUACGCGCUGAAUUCUGUAAUACAAUAUACAUUUAAAUAGUUAGUUGCUUAACUCAAUUUAACCGUUAAUUGUUGACGGCUAAAUUGACUUGUAGCAUGCCUACUAAGUGUGUUCCACCCUACGCUGAAACUGAACACACAACUAACAAGCAAUGCAAGGGAGCGCUCAGAUUGUGUUAAGGCUCUUGCAGACGAUCAAAUGAACUCAUCAAGUUCUUAAGUGUAUUGGUGUCGUCGGCUUUUGUCGGCUACACAUAUGCUACACAGAUUUGUUGUCGGCUGUGCUUGGUGAAUAUUGAAAUUUUAAAUUGUUAUCAUUUUAUUGUUUACGCAAAUUUAUUUGAAAGUGUCAACUCGUUGCAAUAUUCACUUUUCACUCGCCAGUUUGACAUUUGACAUUUUGGCUAUCUUCUCAAGCCUUUUAAAUUGGUCUCAACUUUUAAUGUGGAAUUGUGUCUAAAUUCGAUAUUUAUCACAAGUGAAGUGUGCCGCAAAAAGUAACUGUAACUAAAGUUUUGUUGAACAAACAAAAAACUGUGAAAUUUACGCUCGAGCGCUCCCUUUGGCUGGUUGCUCUGUUCAGUUUCGCGUAGUAUUUUGCAAAGACGCUGUAUAAAACCCCACAAAAUCGAUAAUUAUAAAUAAUAUAGCAAAUUAGCACCUGCAAUGCUUUGACUAAAUAUGGCAGUUAAUAUUAUGUUGAGUUUCAAAUUUAUCCAUGUAAUUUUAAAUAUAAAAACGUCGAUAAUACAAUUCAGUAAAGUGUUGCAACAGCUUUGCAAACAUUUAUUACAUAUAAAUUUUAAAUUGAAAAACAAAAAAAAUGAACUUUGAAAAUUCUGUUAACCUACCUUAAUAUUUGGUUCUUAAAUGUGACUAUUGCGUUCAAUAUUUGUUUUAUACACAUUAGUGUCUUGAAUUAAUUUUUUUUAUUUAUUUAUUAUUAACCAUUUUUUUUUGUGUUUAUGCGCUGGUAUGCAUAAUGAAUUUAGUCUUAUUUUUUUAUACGUUAUCCAUUAUUAUGUUAUUCAAACAUUUUUUAUCUACAAUUAAGUUGUAUUUUUUAAGUCAGCGUACCUUGCAUAGAAAAUACAUACAUACAUAUAUUAACCUGCAUUAAGUGGGGGCACUAAAUGGAACUCAUAAUCUAUUAAGUUUUGCUUAUAUUUUAUUUGUUAUGAUUUUGUGAUCUUGUGAUGAUCUUGAUUUUUGCAUACGUUCAAGCAGUUAGUACAUAUGCGAAGUUUUUACUUUUAAGUGCUAUGCCUUAAGCCUCAUAAUUAACUACCAGCUGUACAGCCCAAGCAUACAUAUAUUUGAUUUGAACUGCAAAUGCAAAGGCGUUUGAUCUGUAUUCCUUAAGCACUUUUAUAUUGUAUAUCGUUUUGUAAGUUCAAAAUGUAUUUUUUCUCUAGCAAUGCAAGGGCUAAUGCACUGCUGUACUGUAUUUUUUAUAAUUUGUAAAAUGUAACCAACUGAAAAUUACCACUGUAAGCACGAACAAUUGAUGCAAGAAAGGGAAAAAAUGUAAAAAUGUUUAAAGUAAAUAGCACAAUAAAUGCUAUAGAUUGAUUAUACUGUUGUAGCGAAUGAAUUAUUAUCAAUUGAACGAACUCACCAAACCACCAACGUACUACCCAUUAUAUUAUUACUAUGUAGUUUACGUUUUUAUGAAAUAAAUUGUAAUGAGAAAAGAGGAAAAGAGUUAUGAAGUAAGAGCAAGUGCGUGUAAUAUGCAUAAUAAAUAUAGUUGUGUACCAUUGAUGUUGUUCAUUGUUGUGUGUUGUGUCUGUGUUGCAUUGAUGUAUAGAAAAGCGUGAAACUGAAGCAACUAAAAUGAAAAAAAAACUAAACAAAACAGAAAUGAAAAAGAAAGUAAUAUAAAUACUAUUAAAUAUAUGUAUGUAUGUGUCGAUAAAGAGCAACAAGUAAUCAAUGAAAUGCAAAUACUUUAAAAUCUAGCACUAUACUUUCUUAUUGAAAAACCCUAAUCGGAUAUUUAAAGCGUAAUUCAAAAGAAAUGCAUUGGACAUUUCAAAAAACAAUGAAAAAUUGCAAAUUUGUUAUUGCAGCAGGCUUUUAACUGAGAUGCAUACAAAUUAUUUGCCUUUAUUGGGUGAAAAAAUGAAAAAUUUUAUUACAAAAUUAAAAAUUUUAUUAAUUUUUUUUUAAUGAAAAUGAAAAUGCGUCGACAAAUGUAUAACUUGGAGUGAGUGGGUAUGCCUUAAGCGCACUCUUGAUUUUUAACUGAAAAAAAAAACAUAAGGAUGCAUAUAAAUGUACAUAAAAAUAUGCGUUUGUAUAAUUUUUUUUUUUUUUAGAAAUCGAAUCGAUUCAAACCAUACCCCAACGUCUAGAAAUCCUGUAUGUAGCAAACUACCUGCUGUUAUGCUGUACAAAAUAGUUUUUAGUUUUUUGGAGGGAGCGUUUUUUUCCACACAUUUUGUGUAAUGAUUUUAAGAUGUAAUGAGAAAUUAAAAAAAUAAAAAUUUAUAUUUAAAUUUGUAUGCAUUGGUUAAAAUUAAGAACAUUAUAUUUUAAUGUUUUAUGCAUUAGCAUACAUUAUAAUUAAAAAAUUAUUUUGAAACAAAAAAUUAAAAAAAAAAACAUAAAAAUUAAAAUUUUAAUUAAUUAAAAGUUAAAAACUAAAUAAAUUUUGAACUAAAAUUAAAUUCAAUAAAUAAAACACUUGGAACUAUGCGAUUUUUUUUUAAAUACCGUUAUAAUUUAUGUAAAUUAUGCAUAUACUGCAAAGAAAGGCCAACCAGUUUUUUUGCAAAAAUUUUCAAAUACGGUCCUUAAGCACAAAUCCACAGCCACAUGUACACCUACACACACACAUACAUAUUUACUGUAAUAUAUUUUAUACUCACUCAAGUGUUAUUAGACAACACUUGAAAUUUUACACCUCUGUAUAUACAUAUAAUUAGGCAAUUUUUAGGCGCCUAAAUUAUCCCACAAACCUUUACCACAAUCCACCAAACUCGAUCCACAUACAUACAUACAUGUGUAUGAAGAAACAUAUAAAAUAUUAAACUGAAUUAUAUACUUUCAAACAGCACAUAGUAUCAACUCCGUACUAAGGAAAAAAAAUGAAGAUUGUUUACAAUAAUGCUUAACAUAAAAAAUCUUAAAAAUAUAGAUAUAAAUAAAAAUGGAAAUUGUAAUUGCAUGCUGCAAGUAAGCAGUCAUAAAUCAUAAUUUGUAGAAAUAUAAAAAUUAUAAAUUUAAAAUGCAUUUUAGUUUUGUAUACUAAAGCAACAAGCUCUAAAUACACACACAUGAAUAAAUAUUAAAAGAAAAAUUAUAAAACAAAUGUAAAUGAGCAAGCAAAAUCAGUGUAAUAGCAGCUAUUUGCUCUUAAACAAGAAAAAUGUAAAAAAAAAAAACAGUUAAAAUAUAUAUGUAAGUAAUCGGUUAUUACCAAUGUUACUUUGCGCUAUUGACAAUUCAUGUCUCUUAUGUACGUGUAUAUAGCUGUAUUGUGGUAAAAAGAAAUAUUAACGCAAAGCUUUGUAGUAAGAAAGUGAUUCAUAUUUAUACAGCAACUCCCAAUUUUUCUCUAUUACAAUUAUUUAGAGUGCAACAACGAUUUUAACCAUUCGGUUCUUAAACUUGAUUAGAUGAAAAAGAAACGGAGAAGAAAUGAAUUAAAUAAAAAAAUCAAAUUUCCACACAUUCUAAAUAAGUGAUUGAUUAAAACACACACACAUUUAUAUAUUAUAUAUAUGUAUGUAAAUGUAAAUGUGAAAAUAUAUUUAUAAAAAAAGUAUUUACUCACUGUAUGUAUAAUGUAGUAUAUGCGGCUAUGUAUAAGUAAGCGUGUGAAGAAUCAAUGUAUUCUUGUUGAAAAUCAAAAUGCAUAUUGCUAAGAGGGUGUGAAAGCUAUGCUACAUAACAUACAUACAUACAUACGUUAUAAUCACAUACGCCAUUACCAUUAGUCAGUAGUUAAAUCUGAUGAAAUAUCUCUUUAAUAUUGCGUGUAAUAAUUUAUUUUUUUUUAUUUUUUUAUUUUAUCUCUUUUUUUAUAUACAUAAAUGUCAAGCAACUGCGUAUCACAAACUAUUAUUUAAACUAAUAGGAUUUAUGAAAAAUAAAUAAUUAAAAAAAAUUCAAGUGAAAGAAGCAUUAGAAAAGAGCUUGUCUCAAUGCAAAAAGGCUCAUUUCAUUAGUGUAUAUUAAGUGCGUAUAACAAUUAUGUUUAAUUGUCUAAGUUUGCCUAAUAAUAUCAGUAAUAAUUGAUAGAACAACAACAACAACAAAAAAAGAAUUGUGAUUCAUAUAUACUGUAGUUAAUAAUUUAAGUGAUUGAUUAACACUUGUAAACAUACCUGUAUUCAUGCCGACAUGCAUACAUGCAUUCAAAUGUUUGUAUGUAUGUGUUUAAAGCAACUGAUUAAAUUUGUUGAAGAAGAAGAAGAAUGAGAAGUAGAUGAUGAUGAUGAUGAUGAUGAUGAUGAUGAUAAUAUAUGGAAAUCAAACUAAAUGUUUAACGGAGCAGUGUUAUAUGUAUAUGUAUGUAAUAUUUACUUUAACUAGCAUAGAAAUGGCAAUUUUUUCUUCUAAUUUUAAUAACUAAUAUUAUAUAUACAUGCAUAUAUAUAUAUUUUGUAAGUAAUAAUGAAUUUGAACUUUUACAAUGUCUAAAGUUUUAAAAAUCAACGCAGUAAAGUACAGUAAAACACUGGUUGCUGCGUUCCAACUCUGCAAUUUGUCUCGUGUAUGAUUCAUAAUUGAUUAUAGUAAUCUUAAUUAUGUAGUAAUUUAAUAAUUAUUAUUACAAUAACAAUAAUAAUGGUGUUUACGACGAUUUCUACCAUAUACAAGUAUAAUCUUAAAAAAACAACAACAACAACAACAUUAAUCACUUAGUUGUAGCAAUGAAUAUAUAUUGAUAUAGAUAUAUAUGUAUAUGAAUUAACUGUAUAUUUAGUUGUGUAUGCCUAAUGAAUGCAACAAGAUAAAACAAAAAACAAAAA